AUGCUGUUGAAACGCGCAGCUCUGCUGCUCUUCUCCUUAGCACAGCUUGUUCUCUGUGCUGAGGAUUACUACAAGGCAAGUUUGGUCCUCGGAAUAAGCCGCGAUGCCUCCGACAAGGCCAUCAAGUCCGCCUACCGCAAACUAAGCAAAAAGUACCACCCGGACAAGAACCCCAACGACAGCACCGCCAAGGACAAAUUCGUCGAGGUCUCCGAAGCCUACGAAGCCCUCAGCGACCCGGAGCUCCGUCGCAUCUACGACCAAUACGGCCACGAAGGCGUCAAGAGCCACAAAGAGAGCGGAGGCGGAGGCGGUCGUCGCCAGGACCCCUUCGACCUCUUCUCGCGCUUCUUCGGCGGUGGUGGCCACUUCGACAGCCACGAGAAGAAGGGGCCCGCCGUGGAGCUGCGCGUGGCCGUCGGCCUCCGAGAUCUUUACAACGGCGCCGAUACGGAGUUCCAUUGGGAGAGGCAGCACAUUUGCGAAAAGUGCGACGGGACGGGAUCGGCUGACGGCAUCGUCGAGACGUGCCCCCACUGCCAGGGCCACGGCGUGCGCAUCGUUAAGAGGCAGCUCGCGCCCGGCAUGUUCCAGCAGUUCCAGACGCCAUGUGACGCCUGUGGCCAGAGGGGCAAGAUUAUAAAGAAUAAGUGCCCCGUGUGCCAGGGCCAGCGCGUCGUAAGGAAACCUACCCCCGUAGAUCUAAAGAUCCCACGCGGCGCGCCUCAGGAAUUCCGCAUCGUCUAUGAGAACGAGGCGGAUGCUCACCCGGACCACAUCGCGGGCGAUCUCCACGUCACCAUCGUGCAGAAAGAGCCCGAUAUCAACGACGAGAACCCCGACAAGGUCGACGGCACUUUCUUCCGACGCCGCGGAGACGAUUUGGUUUGGCACGAGGUUCUCUCCCUUAGGGAAGCCUGGAUGGGCGAUUGGACGCGGAACCUGACGCACCUUGACGGCCAUGUUGUUCAGCUCAGCCGCAAGCGAGGCGAGGUCGUGCAGCCCGGUCACGUCGAUACCGUUGUCGGCGAGGGCAUGCCGAAGUACCACGAGGAUGGCGAUAGCGUGUAUCACAAGACGGAAUUUGGAAACCUCUUUGUCGAGUAUACCGUUAUAUUACCGGACCAGAUGCAGAGCGGGAUGGAAAAGGACUUCUGGUCCGUUUGGGAGAAGUGGAGGGGUAAGAUUGGUGUGGAUUUGCAAAAGGAUAGCGGGCGGCCCAUUCAAGAGAAGGCUAGCCAUGAUGAAUUAUAG